AUGACUGAAAUCGAAACCAUUGCGCAAGAGUUGAAAUCUUCCCUUAAGCAAUUUGAAAAUUUUCCUCAAGAAGGCAUUUUGUUUGAGGACUUUUUGCCAAUUUUUGCGAAGCCCGAGCUUUUCAGAAAACUAGUUAAAGCAUUUCAAUUGCAUCUUGGAGACACCAAAAUCGACUACAUUGUGGGAUUAGAGAGUAGAGGGUUUCUAUUUGGGCCAGCUUUGGCAUUGGCAGUUAACGCAGGAUUCGUUCCCGUAAGAAAGCCUGGAAAGCUUCCAGGGCCAACCUUGAGAGCAGAAUUCCAGAAGGAAUAUGGAAAAGACUCUUUUGAGAUCCAAGAAGGGGUUCUUCCCAAAGGUUCCAAGGUUGUUAUUGUUGACGAUAUAUUGGCCACUGGUGGAAGCGCAAGUGCCGCAGGAGAACUUGUCAGCAAAGCAGGCGCAGAUGUUCUCGAAUAUCUCUUUGUCAUGGAAUUAGAGUUUUUAAAGGGACGCGACAUUUUGAAGAGUCCCUCCUUCACGUUGUUGUCAGGACAGAAGAAGUAG